AUUACCGGAAGAUUUACCUUUAUCCUGACACGUAGCAACCACAACCAAGUUGGCAGUGGUCUGGGUAGAUUUGUCGAACAUCACGGAGUGAGAGAUGUCAGGGUUUGAUAAUUUCAACACAGACUUUUACCAGUCGAGCUACAGUGUUGAUGACCAAAGCCAAGGCUACAGCAACACUGAAAACCCCUACAACAAGCAACACGAUGGUCAGUACGACUAUUCCCAGCCCAUGGGCUACUCUCCCCCAGGGAUGAUGCAGCCCCAGCAGCCAUAUACGGGACAAAUCUUCCAGCCCACACAGACCUACACCCCAUCCCCAUCACAAUCCAUGUAUAGUAGCAGCUUUGAAGACGAGCCGCCGCUGCUAGAAGAAUUAGGAAUCAACUUUGACCACAUCUGGCAGAAGACUCUGACGGUGCUCCAUCCAUUGAAAGCAGCAGACGGCAGCAUCAUGAAUGAGACAGACCUGGCUGGUCCCAUGGUCUUCUGUUUGGCCUUCGGAGCGACGCUUCUCCUGUCGGGUAAGAUCCAGUUUGGCUAUGUGUACGGUAUCAGUGCAAUUGGCUGCCUUGGCGUGUACUGCCUGCUCAACCUAAUGAGUAUGACGGGUGUGUCCUUCGGAUGUGUGGCCAGCGUGCUGGGAUACUGCCUCCUCCCCAUGAUCCUCCUCUCCAGCUUUGGAGUCAUCCUCUCUUUACAGGGCAUGGUGGGAAUAAUACUAACAACAGCAAUCAUUGGCUGGUGCAGUCUCUCCGCCUCAAAGAUCUUCAUUUCGGCGUUGGCCAUGGAUGGACAGCAGCUGUUGGUUGCUUACCCAUGUGCUCUCUUAUAUGGGGUCUUUGCACUCAUUUCUGUCUUCUAAAAAAAUCAUUGUGUAACAGUUUGAAAAAGAAAUGCUCCCCCGAAUGGCACCAAGAUAUUUUUCUUUUCUUUUUUCUUUUAAGCCUCCACCUCUCACUACAUUCCAACUUGACCAUCUGCAGGCUGGAGUGUAUCGUCUCACUCCUGUCUUGUCUCCACUUUGUUCCCCUCAUACACCUUAAAGGAGAGGACUGUCAAAUAAACUCUCCUGUGGACCAUGUUGAGCCUUGAACGGCCUAGUGCAGUCGUAUGAUUUUAAGGACAUGAUGGCUCAAAGAAGCUAGCAAUUAUAGUUAAUAGUUCACACACGGGAAACCCAAGGAGACAAUUUAAUUUGGACACCGACGGGAGACGGUUCUCAAUUACUAAGGACUGAUAACCAACCCUCAGCGAACCCUGCAGAGUGAUUUGAAGCCAGUGUAAACGUGAUUUUUGCAAAAGCUGUUUAAUGUGAGCCUCGUCCGGCAAACCCCUACAGAUUCGAAAGCCGCAAGACCAAGGGAAACACCCACUUUCCUUCUGCGCAAGACCACGGUAGCUAAUUGUGCUUCACCACAGGACAAUGUGGAAUCUCCUCUUCUGUAUCUUCUUUUCUCCAGGACUGAGCGAGUCAUGAAUCUCAUCAUCUGCCCAUCACAGCAGUGAUCUGAUCUUUGUUGUAAAAUCAGCAGCUCUACUAUAUCUUCUCAUGUAACGUUUUGUUGUAUUCUCUUUAGAUUCAUUUGAAUUUUGAUACCAUUCAAGAAGAAAACACAGUUUGCACAAAACCAAACCCAUUUGAUGUAUUGAGGAUUCAAACUUUUAGAGAUACUUUAUAAUUCUAGGUACACACACGUCUAUAUAGGUUGUUGGUAUAAUUUGCAUCCUUAACAUUUCUCAGAUCUUUUAUUUGAGAGCCGACUCUGUAUGCUUUGAUGUUUCAUCUGUUGUUCCUGUCUUCUCAUGCACAUUAAAGUUGUCUUUGAAAGUGAUCUGCCUUGUGAUAUU